AUGACCAAGUUCGGGUCCGGCCGCGUGCCUCCCGACCCAGCAGAGCAAGGGAUCUACGAUGCGGUUGUCCGCGAUGCUUUUGGCCGACCUGAAUUCAGCGGGACGGACUGGAGCGGGCAGCCUGCAGGCUUCCUGUCUCAUAAUGCAGACACCGGGCAGUGGUGCGUAUCUGGUUCCGCAACGCCGGAAUGCGUCUCCAGCGAUCUUGUAAAUCCACUGGACCAGCAGCUGGGCGGGGCGAGCUGGCAGGUCGUCCCUGUGAGUGAUUUCGACGCCAACUUCGAGGCCUUCGGAGCCAAGCUGCCGAAGCGUUUCCAGUCGAAGCGAAAGGUGCCGCCUCAGCUGACCUUCGCUGCCGAGGAUCCGGCCUACGCGCCCGAGUGCAAGGAGGAGUCCGACCCAGGCUCUGAGAAGUUUGAUCAGACGACCAUGAACGAGGUGGCGGAAGGGCUCAAAGACACGGACAACCCGUGUGGCCUAGUUUUCAGCACUCCGAAAACCAAGAAAAAGAAAACUGGCCUCCCGCCGGACAGCUUCUUUGGCAUUCCUGACAUCGAUGGCUAUGGAGACAAAUUCGAAUCCGACAUCGACAACGAAGGCGAGGGCAUGUCCUACUAUGCAUGGAACCUGGGGGACGUGGACGAGCCAGGCAAGUCUGGCCUCACACCCACGACCGCCAAGGAGUGUGCUGACCGUGAAAUCGCCCGUGAUUUCCAGCUGGCUAAAUGGCAGAACGAGCACAGAAAGGUGGAAUGGUUCAACGAUCUGGCAGAGGAAGUCCAGGACUGGCUCGAGGCGACACCAGACGUGGACGUUGCAAGUCCUGGCCCCACCAUAAAGGCUGGCAAGAUCCUGUCCGCGGUUGCCAAGGUGGCCCGAAAAAUCGUAAAGGUCAACAACAACCAGCGGCUGAUCGGAAGGAACAGCCGUUUUGUGGCCGCCGACAACGAGGACUGCAACUCCGUUCAGCACGGCCUGGCGCGGACUUUCUGCGACCUCCACUGUGUUAGGGAUGCCGUGAAGAAAGGCGACGCGGCGAUCCUCACGAGCCUGGAAGAGAGCGUUUCGGUUCUUCAGAGGGAGAUGCGUAACCUCUUCCAGGCAUACUUCCCGGACAGCUCUCAGUCUGCCAGCCUUUUGGCAGCCUCGCAGCACCAAGACUUCCAGCAGAUGCGCGCCGGGCUGGCCACGGACGUUCGGGAGAUGCGGCAGCUGCUCCAGCGGAACUUGCACCCCACUGCACAGAUCGCCUCUCAGCGAGCUCUCCGGGCCUUCCAAUCUGCUGUCCAGGGGACGAGAGAGGUCCGGAGCCACGGACUCGGCAACUUUUCCGGGAUCCUCCUCACAGAAACGGGGCGGCUGAAGGCGACCCUGAAAGCUUCUGCCACGCGGACGACAUCAGAGGCGGCCACAGUGGAGCGGAGGACUGCGGCUUUCGUAGUGAGCAUGAACAAGCUUCUGCGUGCAAAGACACGAACAUUGGGAAUCUACCGCUCGGCUGCCUUGAAGAGCAGGCUGCGGCAGUCCAUUCUUUCCGAAGGCUUGCAGGACGAGCUGCGUGAGCUGUCCUUCGUUGCAGCAUUGAGAGCACUGGACGCCUCCUGGUGGGACUUGCGCAAAGAGCUGGACCGGUACUUGGACACCUACGACGAGUACCUGAGGUCUUUCCAGCAUGCCGUUGGCCUCUUGGACGUGUACACCCGAUGCGGUGCCAACUUCGCACAGCUGAAGGCCGCCUACACCUCCAGCAGCCGCGCCCACGCCGCCGAGCAACGCACCCUGCGCGAAGUCUGGGCCGCGGCUGCUGCGGCCAUCGGACACAUGGCCGCCCAGGUCGUGGACACGGGAAUGCUGCAGGAGCUCGCAGCCCACGAUGCAGCGGCGGCUCCGCAGGGGGAGCCCGCCCAGUUGUGCAGGAACGCGACCUCCUUCGUGGAGGCAGCCGCUGCGGCCGUGCGCAAGGGCUUCUUUGGGCAGACCGUGCGCCAGCUGGACACGCUCUUGACGGAGAUGGCGCUGCUCCGGCAGAGGUUCGAGGCACCUCCGGGCCAAGAGCUCUUCGACUCCGUCGACCGGCUGUCAGCCGCGGCCGAGGCGGUGUCCGCAGAGGGCACGGCCAGAGAGCUAUGGACACGGUGGGAGAAGCUAAGAUGUGGUCCAUUGCAAAACCGGCUGGCAUUGGCCGACACCGACGCUGAGAGCAAUGAACCAGCUCCGUCUCCACCUUGGGUCCAGGAGCUGGAGAGGCAGCACGAGGAGGUCAUGAAGAGUCAAGACGUUUUGGCACGUCAGCAGGAAGAGGUCUUGGAGCAGCAGGCACAGCAAAUUGCGAGUCUCGACAACAGCAGCAAGAGCGUGGACAAGCUAGUUGAGACUGCUGUGCCGGUUGCAUUGGGCAUCCCGAUCCCUACGCCGCCACCUGGGCUCUGUGAGCCAGGUGUGAACUUAACAGAGCCGGUGUGUCAGGAGUCCCAGCUCCCGUGCACCUUCACGAUCAGCGACAUUCAAUCCCGUGCAGCCUCCCCAGCAACGAUCUUCGCCGGCUGCCUUCUCUUCGCGAACGCGUCUCAGGAGCUUUUCAAGUAUUGCAACGACGGUGAAACAUCGCGGGUGGUGACGGCGUCCACUUGCGAUGACGAUCCCAGCUUCGAUGCCAUGUUGUCGGCUUUCCUGUCCCACAACGGCAGCUGCCGGCUCGUGGGAUGUGUCAACGACAACGGCCCCAUCUGUCCGAAUCCGUGGAACGGCACUGGCAUGGACACGCGGGCAACCUUGACAUUCACAGUGGCACCAUCAGCUUGCGUGUACAUUGUGCAGCAGCCGGCCGUGCUUCGUUUUGGCAACAACACCGAGACACUCACCCUGACGUCUGCGGGCAUUGGCCCCACAACGCCCACUACAUCGACCACAUCCACGACAACCUUAGCAUCUACUUUUGGCCCCACAACGCCCACUACAUCGACCACAUCCACGACAACCUUAGCAUCUACUUCAUCUACGGCAACGUCCACGACGGUCGCAACCACCACCAUCACCACGACCACCACCAGCACCACAACCACCACAACGACGACCACGGUUACAUCGACAGCGACUACGACUACGAUCGCAGGCAGUACUACCACGACCACAGCUACGAGAACGACCACCGCCGCCACAACCACCACUACCACCACCAUCACCACCACCACCACCACCACCACCACCACCACCACCACCACCACCACCACCACCACCAUUACCACCACUGGGAGUUGUCAACAACAUCCCGCCUCCUGUCUGGACAUAUUUCAGAGCGCUCCCGGCAGCAAGGACGGAGUCUACACCUUGAAAAUCCGAGAUUUGAACGGGAAUGUCCAAGAUGUGGACCUUUUCUGCGACAUGAGAAAUGGAGGUUGGACACUCGUUGGCCAGAUCCAGGGCCGAUUUCUGAUCUUUGAAGACUGGCUGCGGACGUACAGCAACGAGACGGCGCUGAAAACCCCAAGCAUCACCUCCAACAUGUGGGCCUCCAUCCCUGCAGUGGACCUGGCCGUGAACUGCGCGUCAGAGAUCCGGUUCAGCAACGGGGCGGUCACCAGCUACGUCAGGUGGGAAAUGGAUGUGGAGCGACAGCUAUCGACAUGGUGGAACCACGGAGCAGGUUUUCAGACAAUCAGAGCAGCGACAGGCCACCAAGUGCAGGUCUACGACCAAAAUGGUGUUAGUGCCACGUGCUGGCAGAAUGCUUACGGCAUCAUGAAGGAGCAGUCCCAUGGCGGCUCAUACCCAGCAGCUACGUACAACGACAUCGGCUUCACACGCGGAGGUGAUCUGUGUAUGGCUGUUGGUGUUCAGCCAGCCAGUUCGACACGCUACGACGACUUCUGGCAGUCUGGGAACGGUUACGAUGCGCCCACAUCCAACGCCGAUUGGCCGAACCCGAAUUACGGCGGAAUCCCGAUGGUGAGCGUUUGGCUGAAGUGA